UUAAAAUAAGAGAGAGAACAUUGCGCCUGUGUAAUUUUAGCCAUACCUUUUAGUAUUUUCCAUAAUAUAGUACUAUUCGAGCACCAAUCAUUCAUUAUAUACAUGAGUCACACGCAGUAUAUAUUCACAUAUUCACGUUAGCACGCAGUUUCCUUUCAUUCCAUCGUUAGACAAAGAUGAAGCAGCAAUCUUGUUCGUGGAAAAUCUUUACCAUCUUCUGUCUCAUUCUUCUUUUGCCGGUCUUAGUCUCCUCAAAAUGCACAGGGAAAGCAUACGACAGUCAUGAUCAAAACAUAUCUGAAGCACUCAAAUACAAACUCAUUGCAAUAUCUUCAAUUUUAUUUGCCAGUGCCCUGGGAAUUUGUCUUCCAUUUUUUGUCAAAAACUUAUCAUACUUGCACCCAGACAGAGAAGCAUUUUUCCUCAUCAAGGCAUUUGCUGCUGGUGUGAUCUUGGGAACCGGGUUCAUUCACAUACUUCCUGAUGCUUUUGAGAGCUUAACUAGUCCUUGUCUUGGUCAACAUCCAUGGGAGAAAUUUCCUUUUGCAGGUUUUGUGGCCAUGUUAUCUGCCAUAGGGACUUUGAUGAUGGAGUCUUUCGCCACAGGGUACCAUAAGAGGCUUGAGUUGAGAAAACCUCAACCAGUCAGUGGCGAUCACGAGGAGAACAGUGAUCAAGAUGAUAAUGGGGCUGGUGGGGUUCAUAUUCGUGGGCCAGCUUUCGUACUGAAGAGAAUAAAUUCAUCAGAUCUUAAUCGGCACCGCAUUGUUUCUCAGGUCUUGGAACUUGGAAUUUUGGUUCAUUCUGUGAUCAUUGGAUUAUCCCUAGGUGCUUCUAAGAGUUCAAAAACAAUCAAACCUUUGGUGGCAGCUUUGAGUUUUCAUCAAUUUUUCGAGGGUGUGGGACUUGGUGGAUGCAUUUCUCAGGCAAAAUUCAAGCUUCAAGCAAAGGUCAUUAUGAUUCUGUUCUUCUCCCUUACCACCCCGACUGGCAUUGCUAUUGGCAUAUGGAUAUCAACAAGUUAUAAUGAAGCCAGUCCAAUGGCAUUGAUUAUUCAAGGCAUUCUUAAUUCAGCGUCUGCUGGGAUCUUAAUAUAUAUGGCCCUUGUUGACCUUCUUGCAGCUGACUUCAUAAAUUCUAAUAUGCUAUAUAGUUUUUGGCUCCAACUUGGAGCAUACCUUACCCUUUUUCUAGGAGCAUUUAGUAUGUCACUUUUGGUCAUAUGGGGAGGAAAUUAAUAGUCUGUGAGUGAUUUGUUAGUUUAUUGGAGCUCAAUUAAAGGAAAUUGAAACUUAUUUUCAUUUUCUUGGCUCAUUUAUAUUUGUUAUUCUUCUUA